AUGAAAUUAUAUAUUAAUUGGAUACUCAUAUCAAUAUUCCUAUUCUUUGGUAAUGUUAAUACUCACGAAUUAAAUCAUGAAACCACUUUUUCUAAUUCUUAUUCCAAUUCUCACUCUCACUCUCAUGCCUACUCCCACUCCCACUCUCAUACUCAUUCCAAUUUUCAAAUAAAUAGUAUAAUUUCAAACUAUUUACCUAAUUUCAUCACUAUAUGGUCAUUAUCGUUACAGAAUUAUUUAAAACAGUCGAUAUUUAUAUGGUCAAAUAGAUACAACUCAAUGUUAGCUACACUAAUCAUUCAAUUGUUGCCAUUUUCUACCAUUCUACUAUUAAUUAAAUUGAAAUUUAAUCUAAACUCAUCACUUAUCAGAAUCUUAUUAAUUCCCUUUGCAUUUGGUACUUUGCUAAGUGAUAUUUUAUUACAUCUAUUACCAGAAUGUAAUGCCUAUAACUUAUCAUCAUCCUCCACAUCCAUUACUACCAUAAAUAAUAACAAUAAUAGUGGCAUUGGAAUCUUUUUCGGUAUUUUAUUGUUUGUCACUAUAGAUCAAGUUGUUAGAAUUUUUUCGACAACGGACACCAAUUUGAACGACAAGAAUAUCGAGAAUUCUAACCACAACAAUAAUAAUUAUGGCAGUCACUCACAUUCCCACAUUCUUUUAACUUCUGAAAAGGACAAUAAUUCAAAUUACAGACAGCUAAAUGCUUCAAUAAUAUUGAACAUUAUUUUUGGAUUACUACAUAACAUUACUGAUGGUAUGGCUGUAUCGUCUUCUUUCUAUUCUUCAAAAGAGGUUGGCAUUAUCACGGUUAUCACAAUGUUAUUUCAUGAACUACCACAUCAAUUAAGUGAUUUUGUAAUAUUAUUAUCCAAUGGAAUCUCAAUCAAAUCCUGUCUUAUAACCCAUUUUUUCACCAUCUUAAGUUCUCUUAUAGGUACAGUCUUUGGUUGCUAUCUAAAUGAAAUAGGUUCAUCCUCCUCCUCCUCCUCCUCUUCUUCUUCUUCUUCGUUUCUCACUUCCACAUCUUUAUUAUUACCGAUGAUUACAGGUGGAUUAAUAUAUAUCUCAAUGGUAUCUAUUUUACCUGAAUUUAUUACUAAGAGUCAAAAAGAUAAACAAGAUUCUAAAACGAAAAGAUUAUUCAAAGUUGUUUUACAAAUCAGUUCCAUUAUUAUUGGUUUUAUUACUAUUGCUAUAAUGUAG